AUGGGAAGGCGCUGCUCCCUCCCUAGCUGGCAGCAGGAGGGGGCUCCCAGCCGCUACAACCCCGACAGAGAAAAUGCCCGAACCCCAGCCCUGCUGUCUGGGCCUGGGGGCGCGGUGAGGAGGGGCGACGGCGGCUCAGCCCACCUGAAGCGCUCUCACCCAGAGUUCGAGGUGUUCCGGCCCGGGCGACUCUCGGCAACUCACACGCGCCGCCUCCACUCCAGCCGCGACUCCGGCCCCCGCUCCGGCUGCGGCCGCACCUGCUCCCGUCUCGCUGGUGGCGGCGGCGGCGGCGGCGGCCGCGGGCUCCAGACCCGGGCCAUCGCUCCAGCCCCAACUCACUUCCCCUUUGGCAGCGACCGCCGGCGCCGCCUGCCAGCAUUACGGGACCCCUUGGGCCACGAGGGUUUUCUGGUCAUCCAGGGUUUCCAGGGGCAGCUGGUAUUCCUGGGAGAGCUGAUUCUGCUCCAGGAAAACCAGGGAACCAGGGACCACCUGGGUUGCCUGGAGCGCCAGGGCUGCCAGGACCUGCAGGAUCAGAUGACCUACUCCUCCAAGCAAAACUUCCUCCUGUUCUGGGGAGCAGAGGAGAGUGGGACCUAUGCUUGCUCUUCCCAUUCCCUUCUGUUGUUUAUUCUUGGCGAGGUCUACAAGGAAUGUAAGUGUGAGGAUGAGGGCCGUGUGGCUGUGGAGCCAGGAUCCGGCAGAUGGGGAGUCUGGACAAGGUGGUGUCCCUACUCCCACCCAGUCUGGUUGGGACAAUUCCUUGGCUUCCUGAACAUCUAUGACCCUGACUACCCCAAAGCUGUGUACAGUCGAGGAGACCCUAAGGCCCCGGAUGUGUUUGACUUCUUCCUCCAGUGGAUUGGGAAAGGCUUCCUGCUCCUCCAGGGGCCCAAGUGGUUUCAGCAUCACAAGCUGCUCACACCUGGCUUCCCCUAUGACGUGCUGAAGCCCUACGUGGCCGUGUUCGCCGAGUCCACACGUGCCAUGCUGGACAAGUGGGAGGAAAAGUCUUGUGAGCAUAAGAGCUUUGACAUCUACGACGUGGGCCACAUGGCACUAGACUCGCUCAUGAAGUGCACCUUUGGCAGAGGAAAGAGCAGCCUGGGCCACAGGGACAGGAGCUACUGCCUGGCGGUCAGUGAUCUCUCGUUGCUGAUGCAGCAGCACUUCGAGUCCUUCCAGUACCACAAAGACUGCAUCUACUGGCUCACCCCGCAGGGCCGUCACUUCCUGCAGGCCUGCCAGGUGGCCCACGACCACACAGACCAGGUCAUCAGGGCCCGGGUGAGUGCACAGUCGCUCGAUGAAGACGGGAUCGAGCUGUCAGAUGCAGACCUCUGGGCUGAGGUGGACACGUUCAUGUUUGAAGUCCAUGACACCACCACCAGUGGCGUGUCCUGGUUUGUCUACUGCAUGGCCCCGUACCCCAAGCGCCAGCAUCAUUGUCGGGAGGAGGUGCGAGAGAUUCUUGGGGACCGGGACUCCAUCCACUGCGAUGAUCUGAGGAAGAUGACCUACCUGACCAUGUGCCUCAAGGAGAGCUUCCGCCUCUACCCCCCUGUGCCCCUGGUGUACCUCCAGCUCAGCAAGCCCGACUUUGUGGAUGGUCGCUCUCUACCUGCAGGGAGCCUGAUUUCUCUGCACACCUCUGCCCACUGGAGGAAUAGUGCAGUGUGGCUCAACCCUGAGGUCUUCGACCCCCUGCCCUUUUCCACGGAGAAUGCGGUUGUUUUUGCCUUCAUUCUGUUCUCUGCUGGGCCCAGGAACUGCCUUGCACAGCAGUUUGCCAUGAACAAGAUGAAUGUGGUCACAGCCCUCUGCUUGCUCUGUUUUGAGUUUGCCCUGGGCCCCUCAAGGCCACCCAUCCGGAUACUGCUCUCCAAGAAUGGCAUCCACCUCUACCUGAAGCCACUGGGCCCCGGCUCUGGGAAGUAG